CGCUGUGGGAGGGCGUCGCCUGGAAUACUCGGGUUACGUAAACAAUAUCGUGAGGUAUCUCGCACAGGCAAUGAACUUUACGUAAGUUUGCUAUGAUUUGUUCCUGUGACAUGCAAUGAGUGAAGCAUAGCGCUUGUUCAUACGAUACUUUGGUGAGAAGAAAUGAGGUUAUUGCAGAGAGAAUUGCUCAGGACCAGGUACGUGCUGUCCCCCGAAAGAACCUUCGGCACCAAGCUGCCUGACGGCUCCUGGACCGGCAUGGUCGGCAUGGUGGUGCGGGAGAUAUGCAAUGACAUUGUCUAUAAUGAUCCAUUUUACCAGGAAGCCGACUUCGCCACAGGCCCUUUUAUCACAACUCUGGUCAGAAAGCAAGCAGCAGAUCUCUCAACAACGUUUUAUCACGGCAACGUAAGAAUCGUGAGCGGUCUGGCCGGCCUAAGAGUAGACCUGUGGGGCUUCCUGCUGCCUCUCACGCCCCACGUGUGGACAGCCACCCUGGCGGCGCUUCUCGGGGUGCUUGGUGCUUUACAAGUCUUUUCCUCCUGCAUGCCAAAUAGGGCGUAUAAGACGCUAUGCCAAGACAGCUGGUCCUCCAACACCUUCAGCUCCGUGCGUGUCCUCCUGCAGCAAGGUGAGGCCCCAGACACCGUGUUGGGCCUUCCUGCCGGGCUGCCUUGUGUCUUGAAUGUUUCCGUGCUCUCAGGGAGCAGCAGUCGUGUCCUAAUGAAGACUAACUCACCUCAUCCAAUCACUCCAACACAGACGUGGUGUGGCCCGCGCAGGGGUUGGAGUCUGGUGCUGGGGCUGUGGAUGGUGACUGUACUGGUGUUAGCAAAGAGUUACGCCGGCAACCUCAUGUCCCUGCUGGCCGUGAGAUACGUGCCGCAGCCCUUCCAGACUCUGAGGAACGUCCUGGACCACCCCAGCGUCGCCAUGAUAUGGCAAAAAUUUUCCAGCUACGAACAGUUUAUCAGGGACGUGAAGCAUGGCCAGUUUCGUGAGGUGGCGGAGCUGGAGGACAAGGGCCGCCUGUUGUUCCACACCCAGCAGGAGAUGAGGGAAGGUUUGGACACCCUCGUGAGGAGAGGGCGCCACGUGCUCAUUGACGUGGACAUCAACUUGAAAAGUCGCCAGUGUGACUUUUACAUAUCAAGGGACGGGUUUCUGCCUUUGUCAUCUGCCAUGAUGACCCAAAAGACCAAUCCUCUCGUUCACGGAUUCAACAAAAGAUUUCAUACAGCAAAAGAUCAAGGCUUAAUAACGUACUGGAUGGAGAACGUGCCAAAUUUCACCCAAUGUGAAAACAUUCCCAAGAAAAUGGUAGUCAACUCAAACAUCUUUCUUCACAACAUCUGGGGAAUGUUUGCAGUGCUGGCUGGGGGUCUGGCUGCCGGGGUGCUGGUCCUGUGUACCGAGGUGCUGUUGUGUUUUCUGAAUAUUAUGGCUGUUGUCAAGCUGAGGGUUGAUCACUUCACCACAUGGGCCUCGUGCACUCUGUCCACGAGGGCCGACUAUUCCUCCAUGGAGAGGGAGCUUCGGGACAGCCGCCAGCUAGAGACGGACAGGCUGCGGCAGGAGAGAGGUGGAGAGAGUACUUUCAGGACGGCACAGACACCCGCUCACCAGGGGUCAGACAAGCCAAGAAAGCGGCAGCAGCGACAGCAGACUUGCUGA